AUGGAGAUAUUUGCGUUUCGUCACCACCUGGUCGACCGGCGCGUGCUGCCUGACUUUCAACCCGCCACGUACGCCCCGGAGGAGCUGCUAGAGGUUCGUGUCAUCACCGACCCCCGGCACCCUGCAUACGGGCAGGCUGGGCUUUUUGCCAAGAGCACCAUUCCUUCCAACACCGUUGUCACACCAUAUUCGGGCUUCAUUGAGGUCUUCUCCACGUCGUGCAAUUCUCGCACGUACACGAUGGGGUUCGGCGCCCUCGGUGACGACUAUGCGCUCGACGCGGAGUUUGUCGGCAACUACGGUCGCUUCGCUAACGACCCACGUGGCGUCGGGACUCUGCAGGCGAACCUCUCCGCUGAGAACCGCUUUAACAAUCGCGGGGAGUCUUUCACAGCACUCGUGUCGCGGCGGCAGAUCAGCGCGGGAGAGGAAAUACUCAUGUCCUAUGGCAAGGCGCAUAGACUGAGCGCAACACCGUGGAUGAACGUGCAGGGAGAGCCAAUCAUGCGACCGCGCCUCGGCGGUGUCGUGCCGUUUCCGUCUUUCCGUGCUGAGUCGCUUUCCGCUGCCGCCGCCGCUGUUUCUGCGUCGCCUGCGGUCACCGCGUCGUUGCCACAAAGGUCUGCUGACGGCGCCAAGGAGGAGGGUAACUGUGCGGCUAAGGGGUCCGGCUUCGCCGCCAACAAUGCCUCCGCAUCAGGUGAUUUUAUCUCAAUAUCCGAGGUUGACUGCUCAUCAGCACCUGCAACCGAUCCCACGUGCGCAUUCUUGAAUGCAACGGACUCGAAGCAGCCACCACCGCUUUCUCGGUUCUGCUCCGACAUCGCUAACGAUCUUCUUUGGGAGUGCACGCAGUGUGGUAUGUGGUCGAUCUGUGAGGCGUCAACCGCCGAUGCGCCGCUGCGCUGCGAGGCGUGUGCCACUCCAAAACUGAAUGGCGCACGACUAAUCAGUUUGCUCAGCAGUCCAGGCAUCACCCAGGCGGCGCUGCUGGCGGAAGCAGGACUUGAUGCGCAAGGUUGCUCUGCAGCAAUCACCUCCACACCACCGCAAACGCAGGCCUCCGCUGCGUCGCUUACCUCCUCUACUAGCUUCAGCUCCGAGCACACGGACUGGCCUAUGAACGUGCCGUUUCUACCAUGGCAGGUCUGGGAUGCCGCGGUGCCACUAACGGUGCUAGCGAAGCACUCACGCUUUGAGACGCAGGGGCACAUGUUCGUGUACACGGUCGACACCGGACUGGGCCGAGAGAAGCGCAGUCGCAGUGUACGCGAGGCCUACGCGAGUGAAUCCAGGGCUGCUGCGCACGGGCCGCGAGGGACCCCCAACGCAGGGCAAUUGAUGGAAGCCUGUUCCUCGAAGGCGAGUCGGUUUCAGUCUCCCUCCCAUGACACAAAUGACGCAUCGCGAGCGGGAGUGCGAGUGCAUGAUGAACACUCUAUUACCACAGAAGAGAACCCGACCGGCAGCCGUAGCCGCAGCAGCGCCAGCCACAACAGCAGCCGCUCCAAGUGCAACGCGUUGUGGGAGCGACAGGGCGAUCUGGACUUGGAGGAGUUGGCACUUCUCAGCCCCGGUAUUACGACACUGCCCCUGCUAUUAUCUCCUACUUCUGCCGCCUCGCCGACUAAGCUGUCCUUUACUGAUAGAACCGUAUCAGCGAGCGGAGAACGCUUUGAUGUGGCCGGCGGUAAUUUGGCGCUUGCACAGAUGGGAAAAUUCACCACGGUCGCGUCGCAGGACACAAGGGACUCCGCUGCAGCCAUCUUGACACGAUCCCCGCUGUCUUACCUCUUGUCCACAACGCAGGAGGUGGAUCGGCUUGUUGUUCUGCAUCGUACCGCCGCCAGUGAUCCGUCACGGGUUCUUGAGACAUCGUAUUCGCCGCAAAUGACCCUUGUUCGCCGGCGCUUACAGUGCAUGACGCGUCGACUCUUCACUGGUAAAGCGUUUCAGCCGGGCGAUGUCGUCAGCUAUGUGGGCGGCCUCGUGCGGCAACGAUGUGACCCCCGGUGUCGUGUGUCCAACUCCUGCCUCGAGAUCCCCCUUCGAUUCUUUCUCCCGAUGCGCCUGCGCCUCCGAUAUGGCGGCGCUUGCUCAGCGCGCUCAGACGAUUGCCCAUGCGCCGCGGCGGAGGAUGCGGCGUUGCAGACCUUCUGUGACCGCCUCGAUCGCCUCUCCCUUGUUGUGACAAACGAGUUCAUGUACUGUCCCUGCCUCGUGCUGGAGGCAAAGGCGACGGAGGCAGGGACGGCGCUCAACGGCUCUGCCAGCGAUAUCGUUGGGUGCAUGGACGAAGUGGAUGACGCACUCGAGUCCUGCAACGUGGCCCUCGUGCUCACGUUGGACGCCCUGGGCAGCCCUUUUGCAUGUGCGGUGGCCAUCAAAUCCAUCGGCGCCUUUGAGCCGCUUCUGGCGCGUGCGCAAUAG